AUGUUUACGAAAGCUUUCAACGGUGCGUUAAAGUCGCGCAGUCGAAAUUUUAGACUCAUACGACCACUAAAUAUUCAUUUAAGAUAUGAGUCAAGCUCAUCCAGCCCUCCACAGCCAGCUACACUUGGUAAAAAGAAGCUGACAUUGCUUGAGCAACAGCAAAAGCAGCAGAAAGAGAAAGAAGAGAAAUUGAAGGCCGAUGAGCAAGCACAAUCUCGUACAAGUGCAGAAGGUAACAGUUCAAAUAAAAGCGAAAGCAAUAGUAUUCAAAAGAAAAUAAUAAAGGAAGGGUUCAGUAAUAUCAUUAAAGUUCCGGAUACCGAUCACAUACUUCCGCAGGAUAUUCUGUUAGAUAAGUUAUUUCAAGGAUAUGGGCCGUUGACGGUUCCAAUUCAGCCACAGAAAUUUAGGAAGAAGUCACGGACGGUACUUUGUGUUGAACUUGAUCAAGGCGAUGAUCCAUUUGAUGCGCAAUACCAAGAAGACUAUGAUGAGGGAUAUCGGUCACCAUUUGCAUUUAAUCUCAAGGGCGAAUCACCGAGAUUCGAAAUUUCAGAUCACAGUUUUAAUGAGGAGGAGACCAUCCCUGAUGAUUUCGAGAGCGACAUAGAUAAUGAUCCUGAGGAAACAGAGGAGUUGAGUUUACUAGAUAAAUAUUUUAAGGCCAGCAAGAGAUCCCAUGGACGCAAAAGAUUUGUGUUUAGUAAGAGCAAACCGGAUAAAGAAGACGAGGAAAGUUAA